GGGCGCUGCUCACCCUUCCUUGGCAGUGACACCUGCUUUCGCUUCUCCCCCAGCUGGGGGAACUGGAAGGAUGGGCUAAUCCUGAACAUGGCGGGCUCCACGCUCUGUGACCUCCCGGCGGACGAGAGGUUUCUGGAAAACAAGAGAUUUGAUUUCGAGGCUUCCCUGGCCAAGGGCCUGGCGGACCUGGCCAUCAAAGACUCCUUAAACGUCCUGGCCUGCUGUAAUGAUCCGGAAGACUUCAGCCGGAUUUUCUGGUGUGGCCAGAGCGAGCUGGCCGAGCGCGUGCGCUCCUCCUGGAAAGAGGAUGCCUGGUUUGGGUACCAGUUUCUCAAUGGCUCCAACCCCAUGGUGCUGCGGCGCUCCAAGCAGCUCCCGGCCCGCCUGCACUUCCCUCCGGGGAUGGAGGCGCUGCGGGCGGAGCUGGAGACAGAGCUCCAGGGAGGCACGCUGUUUGAAGCCGACUUCUCUCUGCUGGACGGGAUCAAGGCCAAUGUCAUCCUGUGCACCCAGCAGUACCUGGCCGCCCCCCUGGUUAUGCUGAAGCUGCAGCCUGACGGGAAGCUCUUACCCAUGGUCAUCCAGCUCCAACUGCCGCGCGAGGGAGCCCCCCCGCCCCUGCUCUUCCUGCCCACGGACCCCCCGAUGGCCUGGCUCCUGGCCAAAUGCUGGGUCCGUAGUUCGGACUUCCAGGUUCACGAGCUGCAGUCCCAUCUGCUGCGAGGACACUUGAUGGCCGAGGUCAUCGCCGUGGCCACCAUGAGGUGCCUUCCGUCGAUCCACCCCAUCUUCAAGGUAACACCUUCCUGCCUUCUCCCCUGCCUGCCCCUCUGCGUGCCCAAUGACACCCUCUCUGGGGACCCCCAGGGCGUGGGCAGAGGCCACCAGGAAAGACAAGGGAGUCUGGCCGGCUGUGCCCCCUCCACAGGGCGGUGUCUCCUCCCCAGAAGGUGACAAGGAGUCGCUGGCGGGGUGGGGGCGUCGAAACAAGGCGCGCAGACGAGGAAAAACAGGAGACCAGACAAAUAACGUAAAAGAUGUUUCCAGCCAGUUUUGAGGGGCCCUAAAAUAGCGACACGCAGGCCGUUAAGGGACCCGGGACCCCCUCGGCAGCAGGGUCGGUACAGACGAUUAGACCAGAGAACCCACGGGUUCGCUUGCUUCCUGGGGUGCCUGUCAUGGGGCAGGGGCCCUUCUAGAUGCCGGCGCUAACCAGACAGGCAAGGUCCUGGCCUCUGGGGACUGUCACUCCCACUAAGGGCAAACGGACAAUGAAGUUGUCUUGUAACGUGUCGCCCGUGGGAUGUGGUGGUGAGUUAACCCCGGGCGGUCGGGAAAGGCUCUUUGGAGAAUGGCACCUCGAGGAGCCAGCCAUGAGACGGUCAAGGCAGAGGGGCCAGCUAGGGCAAAGGUCCUGUGGCAGCGACAAGCUUGGUUCUUGAAGGACAGAGAGAAGGGGCGUGUAAUGGACAAAAGAGAGAGGGUAGGAGGUAAAGCUCCAGAGGCAGGCGAGUUAGACCCCCCAUUCUCAGUGGGGGCAGUUCCAUCCCGCAGGGGAGGGGAAGUGGUUCUGGGGAGGCAAAAAC